CUCUCUCUCUGUCUCCCGUCUCUUUAUAGGUGAAUGGCGCAUGGGCUUUGCCUAAUGUUGUUUGUGAUUUCUAUAUAGCCAUGGAUGUGAUAUGCUCAACUUCAUCGAUAUUUAAUUUAGUCGCCAUCUCAAUAGACAGAUACAUCGCUGUGACGCAGCCCAUAAAAUAUGCAAAGCACAAAAAUAGUCGCCGCGUUUGCCUUACGAUACUAUUGGUGUGGGCGAUAUCGGCUGCCAUCGGGUCGCCGAUAGUGCUGGGCCUGAACAACACCCCCAACCGGGAGCCGGAUGUGUGCGCCUUCUACAACGCUGACUUCAUACUCUACUCCUCGCUGAGCAGCUUCUACAUACCGUGCAUCAUCAUGGUCUUCCUCUACUGGAACAUAUUCAAGGCGCUGCGCAGUCGUGCUCGGAAGCAAAGGGCUGCCCGCAAGCCGCAUCUCUCGGAGCUGACGGGCGGCAGCGUCAUCGAGAAUAUUGCCCAGACCCGGCGACUGGCCGAGACGGCGUUGGACAGCAGCCGGCAUGCCAGCCGCAUUAUGCCCGACGAGCCGGCCACGAACACCGCCAGCGGCUCCAACGAGGAGGAGGACGAGAAUGCCAUUUCGCCCGAUAUCGAUGACUGCCACGUCAUCGUCAACGAUAAGUCCACUGAAUUUAUGCUGGCCACAGUCGUCGAGGAGACCGGCAA